AUGUUGAGUUUUGCUCCAAGUACGGGGAGCAAACUCACAGGGUCUGCCAGGGUCUCAAGAACAGAGAUUCAGACAUAUCCAUACAGAACCCAAGGGGAAGAUGAUGCGUUUAAUAAUUAUGAGGAUCAAGAAAUCAUGAUUGCAGCUCAAGAUGAUUUGAGAGCUGUCAGAAUAGUAUCUGAAGUUUCUGGAGUGGAUAUUCAUCCUGGGGCCAAAAUUGGAAGAGGGACUUUCCUUGAUCACGCUACAGGGGUUGUAAUUGGAGAAACGGUAGUUAUUGGAAAUGAUGUGUCAAUUUUGCGUAAUAUGACUUCAGGUGGUACUGGAAAAGUUUUUGAGGACGGACAUCCAAAAAUUAGUGAUGAGGUUUUGAUUGAGGUAGGCAUUUGUGUACUGGGAAAUGUUAGAAUUGAAUAUGGAGCCCAAAUUGGUGCAGGUUCUGUGGUGUUGAAACAGGUUCCUGUUAGAACUAUUGCGGUAGAAAAUCCCGCUAAAUUGAUUGGCGGGAAUGAUAAUCCGGUUUAG